AAAUUCCGGCGUUCUUCCACAUCCACUCUUUUCUUCGUCCCGAGGCCCGGCCGGCCCCCGGUGGCCCGCCCGAUCACGAGGCACCCAUCCGAACGCUGGCACCUGGUCGCGCCACGUCUCCGCACAAUACCACAUCCACAUGGUGACCCCCCCCCCCCCCCCCCCGGCUGUCUCUACCCUCUCCUCCUCCUCCAGUCCUCCCUCGCUCUUCCUCCUCGCGAAACGACGCGGAGGAGGUUGCCGGUCAGGCCACCGCCGCGCCCGCCCGCCCGCCGGAGACCCGGUCCGCAGCCAACGCGUGACGUAGGGAGGACACGCAGCCAUGGCCACUUCCUCCUCGUCGCUCACAACGCUCCACUCCCGCUUCCUCUCUCCCACCCCUUCCUCGCCCUACAUGGCGGCGCUGCCCCGACGGCGAAGGGCCGGAGCGCGGUACCCUCGCAUCCGGGCCAUUGACCUCGACCAGAACACGAUUGUGGCCAUUUCGGUGGGCGUCGUCAGCAUCGCCGUGGGAAUAGGUGUCCCUGUGUUCUACGAGACUCAAAUCGACAAUGCCGCCAAGAGGGAUAAUACACAGCCAUGCUUCCCCUGCAGUGGUUCUGGCGCGCAGGUAUGCAGGUUUUGCAGUGGAAAGGGCAUUGUUACUGUAGUACUUGGUGCAGGCGAGACUGAAGAAUCGCAGUGUGUCAACUGCGAGGGCAUCGGCUCUUUGACAUGCACUACAUGCCAAGGCACCGGAAUCCAACCACGCUAUCUUGACCGCAGGGAGUUCAAGGAUGACGAUUGAUGAAGGUUUUAUUGCCAUCUUUGGUAGUAUAUGUCAAAGAUGUAACAUCACGUCUAAUUUGAGGACAAAGUUGCGGACUCAGAAGAGAUGUACCUAUCAGCCAUAGGAAUCAUCUGAUUGUUUUGUGUUUAUAUGUUCCAGUUUGGUAAAUAUAGAUGGCAGUCGCCCUCCAGCAGAGAAGAUAAUGUCUCAAAUUUAAGUGUUGAACGUUUUUUGCGGGAGAUGUAGUACACAUUGUUCUUCUGGUUUUGUCAUGCAUAAUUGCAAAUAAACAACGCGAGUAAACAAAAAA